AUGAAGCAGCGAUGCCAUGUUGCCCUAAACACUGGUCGCCAGCGGUUCUAUGGUGUUCGGGAGGAGUAUCGAGUCACAGGUGUGCUGCUCAUUGCGCUAGACCAGGAGAUGCGUGAACAUGGGUGGGCUAUGGAGCCCUUACAGGUCCCAUCUACCACUCCACCCUUCUUCCACCUCCGGAGCGAUUGCUUCCUGGGUUGGCUGCAAUGGAAUAUUAAUAAAAUGUGUGUUGGGUUUGAAAUGACAUACAGCCUGCAGCCACGGCAGGUUGUCCACUGGGAGCAUACUCGAGUGAUGAUGAUGUUCCUGCAAUGUCUGCUCCAAGGGUAUGGUGGGCAAGGUAACCACCUGCGGCGGAGUAAUGGGCUUUGGCUGGACCGGCGGGUUGGGCGACCACCAGAUGGCUCAGAUAUAGCACCGAUCCAAGAGGGGAUGGGCAUGAGCCUAACACUUGAGCAGUCCGGCUAUGCCUGGAUCCAAGAUGGAAAAAUUGACUGGGAUUCAAUGACUUUUCAUCCACAGCACCGUGCUUAUAUUGUCUUCAACACUCCAAGCCUCCAGUCUACAUAUGUUUCUCAGUACUGGGCAGUGGUUCGCACUAAAACAGACUUCCUACAGUUCCAUGACAUUUUCUCCCGGAUGAAGGACCUCCGCAGUGACCUCCCACAAUCAUCACAGCUUCUCCAGCUCCUCAUCCACCUUUGUCUGGAAGUGUUCCGCAAGGAUCUCUUUCAAACACUAGCAGACCUUCAUGUCCGGCAGCCUCUGCAUCCGGACGGCCUAGCAGCUGGCUGCCGUGGAGAGGUGCCAUUAACCCUCCAGGGGUUCACUCAAGUGUUCCGCGAUGGUUUCUUAAAAUCUGAUCUGCACUUUGUGACUGGAACAAAGAUGAAGGUUACCAGCAUUAAGGUGCUUUUUACUUGGCUUUGGGGCUGGGAUGGCUUUCAGAUGCGGGUUGCGUUUACAAGAGCUCCUGCCACUCUCCGACGUGUUGGUCCUGACCGGAAGAAGUCUUAUGUUCUCUAUGAAGAUAUGUCAAAGGAAGAAUACAUCAGUUGGUGGAUACAGACCCAGUAUGCAAGUAUAGAAGAUCAGAGAAAGAAGAUUCGCUGGGAUGGCAAGCGCUCCUCAGAUGCCUGGAAGAAUUUCAACCAGGUAGCCCAUCAUAUUUCUGGACAACCCAAGGUUAUGUGUCGCAGGUGUGGUACUGUUCUUCCUCACCCCCAUGAACACUCAAACGGGACGAACUCUAUGAAACGCCAUUAUACUGGGGAGAAAUGUCGAAGAGCCGCCAACAAUGCUGCUGAGCAGCAAAGUAUACAGCAAUCACUUGCCUUUGCAGCUCUUGAAUGGGCGUGUGCCAACGGUGAAGAACAGACUAUGGAACUCGCAUUAAGGAAUCUUGAUCACCCUAACAAUGCGUUCUACUAUGGGAUGGCCUUUUAUUACGCAAUUAAACAUGGGGAUAAAAAAUUAGCCACACAUUUCCUUCCAGAACUCAAAAAAGAUCCUCUUCAAUAUGAGGAUUGGGUUUUAGAGGCCCUUCCAGAGGCGGCAGAAAACGGCGAUGAGAGUAUUAUCAGGCUCUUAAUUAAGGAGGGUGCUCUGACUGAACCUGAUACAAGGAUUGGGUUUGCCCUUCAAAAGUCAGCAAGAAAUGGCCACCUAGGCAUUGUCCAGCUCUUAAUCAAUGGGGGCGCUGAUAUCAAUGAUUAUGAGCAAUUUGAAGACACUGCUCUCAUAGCAGCCGCCGCAAGUGGUUGGAAUGAGCAGAUGUUCAGCAACAUAAUUAUUGCGGCUGUUAUGCUCUUGAUAUGGCUGCCCGCAACGGGGACCUUGAUAUGGUUAACACCCUAG